AUGACAAAAGAUCUCUCACGGCCGGUCUACAACCUCGACCUGCGGAACCACGGCGACAGCCCACACUCCCCAGAGCACGACUACACUUCGAUGGCCACGGACGUGGAGCACUUCAUCCGCACACAGAAUCUCACGCGGCCCACGCUGAUCGGGCACUCGAUGGGCGCCAAAGUCGCCAUGACGCUGGCGCUGCGCUCGCCACAGAACUACUCGGCGCUGAUCCCCGUGGACAACGCGCCCGUCGACGCGGCCCUGAAGUCCGACUUUGGCAAGUACGUGAACGCGAUGCGCGAGAUCGAAGAGCAGCAAGAAAAGGGAAAGAAGCGGAUCGAGAAACAGAGCGACGCGGACAAGAUCCUGGCCAAAUACGAAUCCGACGUCUCGAUCCGCCAGUUCCUGUUGACGAACCUGGUCAAGAUGCCGCCGCCAAAGAAUACCUCUACCAGCACCACCACCACGCCGCAGAAGACAGGCGACCACCACCACGCGCACAAGACGGAACUGCGCUUCCGGAUCCCGCUGCCGACGCUGGCCAAGUCGCUGCCGGCGAUGGCGGACUUCCCGUUCAAAGACCCGGACGCCGCGCGCUUCGAGGGUCCGACGCUCGUGGUGCGCGGGACCAAGAGCCACUAUGUCUCGGACGAGGCGUUACCGUUGAUUGGCCGGUUUUUCCCGCGCUUUGAGCUGUUGGACUGCGAUUGUGGCCAUUGGGUCAUGGCCGAGAGGUUUGACGAGUUUCGCGCCGGCGUCGUCGAGUGGGUGCAGAGGGUCGUGGAUCGGGCGGGUUGA